CUCGGGCGUCGGGUGACGCUAGCGGACAGAUCGUCACGUGACACGGAAGUGACUACGAACAGGAAGAGGACGAAAAAAAUAACCGUCCGCGACGCCGAGCCGAGCCGGACCCGCAUCCACCAUGAACAGCAAAGGUCAAUAUCCAACGCAGCCAACUUACCCCGUGCAGCCUCCUGGGAACCCUGUGUACCCUCAGACCUUGCAUCUUCCUCAGGCUCCACCCUAUACUGAUGCUCCACCUGCCUACUCAGAGCUCUAUCGUCCGAGCUUUGUGCACCCAGGGGCUGCCACCGUCCCCACCAUGUCAGCUGCAUUUCCUGGCGCCUCACUGUAUCUUCCCAUGGCCCAGUCUGUGGCUGUUGGACCUUUAGGUUCCACAAUCCCCAUGGCUUAUUAUCCAGUUGGUCCCAUCUAUCCACCUGCCUCCUCCCCCGGGAUGCCCUCCCAAUGCUGCUCAGCUGGCAGUCAUGCAGGGAGCCAAUGUCCUCGUAACUCAGCGGAAGGGAAACUUCUUCAUGGGUGGUUCAGAUGGUGGCUACACCAUCUGGUGAAGAACCAAGGCCAUCUCUAUGCCGGGAAAGACAUCACAUACCUUCAGCACUUCUCACAAUGUAACUGCUUUAGUCAUAUUAACCUGAAGUUGCAGUUUAGACACAUGUUGUUGGGGUGUCUUUCUGGUGCCCAAACUUUCAGGCACUUUUCAAACUUAAUAAGGAACCAUGUAAUGGUAGCAGUACCUCCCUAAAGCAUUUUGAGGUAGGGGAGGUAUCCAUUCAUAAAAUGAAUGUGGGUGAAGCAGCCCUAAGGAUCUUCCUUUAAUUCCUCUGGAGUAAUACUGUACCAUACUGGUCUUUGCUUUUAGUAAUAAAACAUCAAAUUAGGUUUGGAGGGAACUUUGAUCUUCCUAAGAAUUAAAGUUGCCAAAUUAUUCUGAUUGGUCUUUAAUCUCCUUUAAGUCUUUGAUUUAUAUUACUUGUUAUAAACGAACUGCAUUAGUUGUCUGCCUUUUCCUUUCCAUCCUUUGCCCCUGGUCCUACCCUCAACCCUUGUCUUCCACUCCUUCCCACCGAUCUCCAUUGAAUCAAUGGUGCAGGACAGAAAGCCAGUCAGACUAAUUUCCUUCUCUCCUUGCACUUCCCCCCACUUGUCAUCUUUUAACUAGUCUUUCACAAAGGAUCCUCUGAAACCCCCUCUGUGCCCCAGGCACAGGACCCAUUGCUUCUGCUUUUGCAUCUCCUCAGGCAAAAGCGGAGGGUGCCUUUUGGACCCUCCUCAUAGGUUUUCUCUUCAGACAUGAACCAAGCCCAAAUUUAUUUUGGUGCCAGAAAAACUGAACCUUGUUUUAACAAAGGAUAUCAGUGCAAACUACCGUAAACAGCAGUCUGUUUAUAACUUUGAGGGGCAAGGAGGAGGAUGCAUUUAAAAGCCUGAUGACUCUGGAGCCAAAUUAAGGGGAGUUUGCCGAUCAGAAAUUGGUUACCAUUUCUUGUCAGUGUCUGAUGUAGCCACUAUGGCUCCCAAGAAUUCCUCAGCUGGGUUAAUGGGGUCAUAUUGUGAAUGCCUCACUACUAAAUGACUUGAGUCCAGUGAAAUCUCAUUAGGGUUAAGAAUAUUUCAGGGAUCCUUAAUAUUUUGAUUUUUGUUUUCUAAAAUUGGAUUUUAUUUUAUUUUAUCUUAUAAUUUCAGUUCAUCUAAAUUUGUGUUCUGUACAUGUGAUGUUUGACUGUACCAUUGACUGUUAUGGAAGUUCAGCGUUGUAUGUCUCUCUCUACACUGUGGUGCACUUAACUUGUGGAUUUUUUAUACUAAAAAUGUAGAAUAAAGACUAUUUUGAAGAUUUGAAUAAAGUGAUGAAGUUGCAUUACACCUCA